CCCCAUCUAAUAAUGUUCAUAAAAAGGCGGAAGAAAUGGAUGAAUUUUUUGAGGCAAGAUGGAAAUCAUUGGAGGAAAAGUUGAAUGCGCAUGGUAAAAUUUCGAGUGUACAACUGAAAGAUGUUGAUGAAUUAAGGCGGGGUUGUCCUAAAAUACAACUAUCCAGGAAUAGCUCUUUGCCGAAGAUGUCCAAAACAUCAGAGGAGAAGGCUGAGAAGAUGACUUUGAAUGUAAAAGCAGCAGAAGUUCAGCUUCCUAAAUCGGAAGAGAAGAGUGUGAGCAACUUGUCAGGCAAAAACUUACAAAAAAGGUACAAAGUGCCAGAAUACAGUCUCUGCUUUGUGGCUCAUUAUUGGAGCCAAUUUACAAUGUGUCUUGUAGGCACCAGUACUGCUAACAGUGGUGGGUGUACUAAAGGGUCUAUCAGUGGCAAGCCACCAUUGAGGUCCCGUGCCUGCAAACGCAAUUCACGUGGCAGCAUAAAGUGUCAAUGUAGCAGUCCAUGCUGUUCACACCUUGUGUCUUCAAAUUGUUAG